AUGCAUACACUCUACUUCCGUAACCUUCCUCUCAAUGUCGCAAGGAGCGCUUUUCGCGAUGCGGUUGAAAAGUUUGUGGUCAACAUGUACGGCGAAGGUGUAGAUGCCCCUAAGCCGAUCAUCGAUAUGGUAAUACUGGACCGCCCUACUUCAGAGAAAAAGCACGUGGGCUUUGGAGCGAUCCAGUUUGCGGAUGAGAAAACUAUGGAAAUGUUUAUUGCAAGGCUCAAAACAGAGCCAAUGAUGUUUGGUCAAGAGGCAGUUGCCUUUUCUCGGGAGCAGCCGCCUAAUCUGCAAGCGUCCAGCUCCGGCCAAUCCGCCAAUGCUACUCCAGCUUCUACCUCAGGACCCCAACCGACUUCUUCAAAGGAUCGCCGAUCACAAUCUAGCAAGUCUACAUCAACUCAGGCAUCCAAAAAACGCGAUAAUGCUCAGCCUAGUGCUCCUAAUCGGCCUGUAAUGAACCUCAAUCGAGUCAAGCAUCCUCAAUUUGAAAAAAGGGAAGUGCGCCUACCCAAUAUCAAAUAUCUCCGUAAACUCCACCACCGACUUUCAAUCAUCGGGCAGCACCUGCGUCUCGAAACACUGGAAUUUGGCGUGUUACGCAAUUGGAACUUUUCAGUGGAGUACUCACGACCGCUUGUCGAUGAAACAGGCUAUUUUAUCUUUGAGGACGACGAAAAGUCGCUCCGGAUUAGUAUUGGGGGUUCCCACCAAGACUCGACCCAACCAAGCGUUGCGAUUGCAAUACAAACUAUCAACUAUGUAGCUCUGGGAACUGACGCAGGAAAAAAGUACAUGUUCCUCGCCCUCGCCCAAAAUCCACACUUCGAACUGGGUGACAUUUCUCGGCCGACAACCGGAGUCGGAAAAUUCGAUGUGCGACGGAGUCGAAACCGACUCUCUGCUCUGGAUGAGCGACACGAGCGUGUCGCGCCAUACACCUCCAGGUGGAUUAAACUCACAUUUCAUGAAGAUAGCAUAGCUCCCACAGCAGAAAUGUGUCAAAUGGCUGGACUUGGAGAACCCGCGAUGGACCCCCCACUUAGCUUUGGCAAACUUGACAUGUACUCUGCACAUAACAUCGCCGUCGUUGAAAAGUGGUUCCAAGGAGGCUCUCUGGACUUCGAAGUUGCCUUUCAAAUCGAAGCUCUCUUUCGGAAUGCUGGCAAAGAAGUCCAAGGACCAGGCCGCGAUGCACUGAGAACAUUCAGGGCAGAAAUACAAGGGGCUGGUGCUCGAAAGUCGUUCAACGAUUUCGAGGAUAAAAAUGUCGUUGAAGAGUUCGAGGUACAUGUUCGCAAGAGCGCCGAAUCAAUGCCUUGGGAAAAAAUAGGGAUAUCCAAAGCAAGCUUUAUGUGUUACCACGUGAAGAUCACUCCCACCGCCGUGCACUUAAAUGGACCUCUUGAAGAGCAAUCGAAUAGGGUGAUACGCCGAUACCCUGGCUAUGAAACGCACUUUAUUCGAGUUGCGUUUACCGACGAAGCGGAUGGUCGUGCCCGCUUUGAAUACGAAGUCGACACCAUGGCAUUCACUCAGAAGAGAGUUGGCAAGUUUCUCAAGAACGCAAUUCGGCUUUGUGAUCGAGAAUACGAGUUACUUGGAUAUAGCCAAUCUGGUUUUCGUGAGAAUGCCUGCUUUUUCGUGGCACCAUUUGAAUGGAAAGACGAAAUCAUAAAUGGCGAAUACAUCCGCUAUAGCUUGGGAAAUUUUGACAAAGUCAUUGAUUGCCCUGCACGUUACGGUGCCCGUAUGAGUCAAGCAUUUUCUUCGACUAGCCAAUCCACUAUGCUCCAAGAAUCGGAGAUUAGGCACAUUAUGGAACUUAAAAAUAGGCGUGACGAGAUGUUCUCCGACGGUUGUGGAACCAUUAGCCGUGAACUUGCGAAAGACGUUUGGAAAAGCAUGCUUCAACACCUUCCACCCAGUCGUCAAGGUUUCCAUCACGAGAAUGAACUACCUCCGCCUGCGUUCCAGAUACGGAUAGGAGGAAGCAAGGGAAUGGUACGACUUGACCCCAAGCUGGAGGGACGAGUGCUCUGCUUGCGUCCUUCAAUGACAAAGUUUGAGGCGGAGCAUGACCUCUCCUUGGAAAUCGCCCGUGCGCCGUUGGUUGUGUUACUAUGGAGUGGGGGUGUCGAAGAUGAUGUCUUCCUAAAUCUGAUGAAAGAUAACCUGGCAGAGACGAUGUCAGGCAUGACGACACUUGGGGGGGCUGCGAAGUUACUCAUUGCAAAUCGUUUGGGAGUCCCUUUCCAAAUAGCCAGCACUCUUAAUCGAUUGUCACGCCUGAAGAUUGAACUCGGCCAAGAUGGCGUACGCACGUCGGGCUUGCACAAACUCUUGAAUGCCACACUCUUUCAUAUCAAGAGAGACCUCAAACACAAGUCCAGAAUCAAGGUCCCAGAUAGUUACACUCUCGUCGGUGUUUGCGAUGAGGAUGACUACUUGCGACCUCGUCAAAUAUAUGCUUGCGUUCAGCACUUUGACCAAAGGAGUGGGAAAGCCGAAGUACGAUAUCUAAAGGGUCGCUAUCUAGUCACAAGAAGUCCUGUCAUACACCCGGGUGAUGCGCAGGUGGUCUGGGCUAUUGGGGAGCCACCUGUUGAUUCGCCAUUUUAUGGAGAAGGAAACAACUUACCCAAUAUUGUUGUUUUUUCCUCCAAGGGACCAAGACCGAUCCCUAAUAUGUUGGGUGGUGGUGACCUUGAUGGGGUACGUAUCUUUGACCUAUACAACUUGAUUUCAGUUCAAGAACUCAUCCCUCGCUAUCGAUAUUGCCCAGCCAACUAUCCAACCCCAAGAUCGAAGAAGAUAGGAAGGAACAGUACCAUUGAAGAUGUUGCCGACUUCAUGGUCGAGUAUAUCUGCCACGACUCGCUUGGCAUGAUUGCUACCAAUCAUCUUGUCAUUGCUUCGACCUCGGAUAUGCGCGCUCGUGACGAAAACUGCAUAGUCAAUGCAGAACUGCAUUCCAGGGCGGUCGACUUUGUGAAGACCGGCUUUUACGUAGCGAACCAUCAAAUUCGGAAAGCCAAAUACGACAAGGCAUUCGACGAAACAACUGGGUUAGGGUUGAAGCCUGACUGGCAGGCCGGUCAUGGUCGUGACGCCAACGAUGGUCGCUAUUACCCUUGUGAUAGUGUCCUUGGUAAGCUGUUUCGUGCGGUUGAGCUACCCGAGGGAAACCCUGCCCGGGAAUCAGACGUGGAGGACCAAGUACCCACUACGAUCCGAAACCGUGUCGCUGGCUUUGUCGCGAGGUACAAAGACGAAAUCCAAGCCACAGUUAGCAGCUCCGAUACAGUAACCUUUAUCCAAUCCUUACUGUCGCGCUACACUUCCGAACUCAACCACAUUUGCGUCGCGCAUACAAUUUCCAGCGAGUCGGCGGAGCGGGUAUCAGAAGUUGAAGUCAUGCUGGGCACGAACUUGGAAGUAUCCUCAAAACCGGACUUGAUCGAGCGUAUGAAGAGUCUUACUCGCAACCUCACCAACACGAUACGGUACCAGCUUAAGGCAAAAGAAGAUGAAAGUAAUUACAUCUGGCUAGGCCGAGCUUGGAGGGCAUAUUUGCUCACAAGCAGCCUCGGCGACAAGACUUUUGGGGCGUUUAGUUUCAGCUGGCUGGCAUUGGACUCUGUACUCGAUGCCCUACAAACGAUUGAUGAAAAUUUCCUUCCUCAUACCGGACCAAUUCUUCCACCCUUCGCAUUUAUCCCAUCAAAGCGUCCUGAAACAGAUGAAAGUCUUCAUCCCCCGAAUUACGACACUUGGGAUGACUGGGUUGACGCUAUAAAAGAAGGUGACACUGAAAUAGAAACUGCUAAUACAGCAGAAGAGUAUGGCAACCAACAAAACGGCAAUGCUCGUGGUGUGGACGGGGUCGGGGGCGAGGAGGUUGGAACAACAACCGGCAGAACUCGAAUGGAAGCAAUAACGGAUACAACCGCAACGGUCGCGGCAAUGGCCCGGGCCAAGGGCCCAACAGCAAUGGACAAACCAAUGGCUCGGUCGGGGGUCGUAGGCCCGGCUACCGAAUUAUUGCUCCCAGUAACAUUUCCUUCUGAAAUGGGCUACAAUGAUGAGAACAAGCAUGUUCUGUAUAGCUCUCCACCCUUAUGUUUUGGAUGCUGCGUUUCUAACGAAACCGCCCCGAACCGGGUGUGA